CUGUGCUAUCGUUGAGUUCAGAUUUCAUGAAGCGGUCAAAUUGAUCACAUCUAUCGAUCUUUCCUGAAUACACUCACUACCGAUAAAACUACUGUACCCCGUGGCCCGGACUGUGAUCUUCAAAGCAGGAAAGUACGAUUCCGAUUUGAAUCUGGAAACGUAUUUUGUGAUCUUCCCCGCACAGCACCAACGCGUCGCAUAAUCACGAGAAAAAUAACUCAACUUCCAUCUCAUCCCUCUCAAAAAUUCUAAUCACAAUCAAUCAGUCAUCUCCAAAGAUACGAAAGACAUCCACCAAUUUUCUCCUUCGCAUCACAAACAAACUAGGAUCUCCCCUCACUUCAUCUAUCAAUCUCCAAUCUCCAAUCCGUAUCACACACCCGGUAAAAUCGCGGCAUUUCCAGCCCUCAUCUUUCCACAACGAUAACCUUAACAAGUCUCUGAUUACUUCAUAGAGUCGGUGCAAUCAAUACCUAUGUGGGGCCCAGCAAUAGAUACAAUAUCGUUUAGGUAACUGCAUUUGUCCUGUUUCCUGACGAUCUCUCUCGAUUCCCACGAGGAGCGGUGGGUACGAAAAAAGAAUUUUCGGUGACGUCCGUGGAGCUAGAUAUGAGAUUGAGUGAUUAGGGUGGGUAGGUCAUUUAACUUCAUAUAUAUAUCUCGUGACGAGUAUUCUCGAGAUUUUCUUCACCUUUUCAUUUUCGUUCCAUCUUGAGUAUUUCCCUGUGUUACGCGGAAGACAAGAUGAUAAGUUCACGCAUCGUCUCCGGCCUUUUGGGCUUGGGAAGUUUGGUAUGCGGUUCUAGUGCGCUGGGAUAUGGAUCUAGUUAUGCUACCAAUAAUGCAACCAAAUAUGUUAUUAUGGACAAUGAUUGGAGUUCGACGGGCUUCAUUCCAUUCCUCAUCGCUCUCGAUGCCGGAUGGGAAGUAUUGGGUCUAACAUCUUGUACCGCAGAUACAUGGCAACACCAGGUCGCACUACAUGCACUAGCUACCCUCUCUGUCGGUAACCUGACUAGCUGUAUCCCCGUAGUUCCGGGCUCUACAUUCCCGCUUAUCAAUACCGCCACGAGAUUCCAAGCAUGGGAGGCGGUUCAUGGUAAACUUCCUUGGGAGGGUGUAUUUGCUCCGUAUAAUGCUACAGCGGAAGCAGAAGGAAGUGAUCCCACAUCAGGAGACAACCCUUUCAGAGUUGUCGAGGGAGCUUUCGUAGAGGGAAUGCCAAGUAACCAUUCAAUUAAUGGAUUGAAGAAAAGUCAGAGUGCGAGUGCAUUUAUGAUUGAGAUGGUGCAUAGAUAUCCAGGACAAGUUUCCAUAUACGCCGGCGGCUCCAUGACCAACAUCGCUCUCGCCGUCCGCUCCGACGACAACUUCGCCUCCCUCGCCAAAGAACUUAUCAUAAUGGGCGGUUACAUAGACGACAACCUACUCCAAGUAACCGGCAGCGUGCUCCAAGCCGAUCUCAGCUCCGACAUCAACUUGAUGGUCGAUCCCGAAGCCGCCAAAAUCGCAUUCACAGCCAACUUCCCCAAAAUCACCUUCGCAGGAAAUGUCGCGAAUCAGGUUAUGAGCACACAGGAUUUCUUGGACGAGAUCAAGGAAGUCAAUAAUCCGUACUCGGAAUUGGUAUGGGGACAUUAUGGCACGGAAUUUCCAUUCUGGGAUGAGACUGCUGCGGCGAUUAUGGUUGAUGAAUCGAUUGUGCAGAAUUCUACUAGCUUCUACAUCGACGUCGACACAUCCUACGGCUCCCCCUCCUACGGCAACAUCCACGCCUACCAAGAAGCGCUGAUGCCGCCCGGCCUGCGCAAGAUCAACUACGUCAAUCGCGUCAACGGUGAUACCCUGAAGAGCAUGAUUAAGAGAGCCAUUCAGUAUCCCAGGAAUUGUUCUACGAUGGGGAAAUAGAUAGAUGGAUAGAUGGAUAGAUAUGACGGCGGUGAUGAAUUUGAAAAUUAAUUUUAGUAUUAUUCAUAUAUCUAGAAACUGAUUAAUUGCAAGACUUGAGAUUUUAGUGAAAGGCAUGCU